AUGUUACCAACGAGCACGAAGGCUGGAGCGUUCCAUGCAGACGAGAAGGUCGUCUCCAAGAAGACGCAGCGAGGCAACUGGACAGCCAUUCUAGCACUCGUUCUGGCAGCGGCUUCUCUGACCUUCCUGUCUCUCGAGAAUGCGGCGUCGAAUGCCGUCAAUGACAGUCUGUGGAGGCUCACUAGCUCGGCGAAGUCGGAAGCAUGGACCUCGCCCGCCGCGGUCUGUCCUCAGCAGGACCCGUACGACAUCAAGGACGGCUUUGCGGAUCUCGACCGUGACCUGCUCGCCUCCAGGCUCAGCAAAGCUGUUCAGAUCGAUACGACUGUCGGUGACGAGUGGCCCGACCCGGACGAAGCACCAGAACGCUGGGAAGCCUUCCCCAAAUUCGCCGAGUGGCUCAGCACCGCUUUCCCGCGGGUCCACGAGAAGCUCAGCCUGGAAAAGAUUCACCAGCAUGGCCUCCUGUACACGUGGAAGGGCACGGAUGACACGCUCAAGCCGCUGCUUAUGAUGUCCCACCAGGACGUUGUACCCGUCAAUCAGGGCACCUUGGACCAGUGGCGCCAUCCUCCAUUUGACGGCGUCAUCGAUGACGAGACCGACGUUGUUUGGGGUCGUGGCUCGACUGAUUGCAAAGCGUGGCUCGUCAGUCUGUUGUCUUCUGUCGAGAAUCUCCUUGAAAAGGACUGGUCACCGAAGCGAACCAUUCUGUUCAGCUUCGGCUUCGACGAAGAAUCCGGCGGCAAGCAAGGCGCCGGCUAUCUCUCCAAGCGAAUCGAGGAGAUCUGGGGUCAGGAUAGCAUCGCCAUGAUCAUCGACGAAGGCAACCCUGUUGUAGCCGCAACCGAGGCUGAGGGUCCCGGCAUCGACGUUGCCAUGCCAGGCAUCGCCGAAAAGGGAUCCGUGGAUAUCGCCGUCACGGUCGAAAGUGCCGGCGGACACUCCUCCAUGGCUGGCGCACACACCUCGAUCGGACUACUUGCUCGCAUCGUUGCGCAGCUCGAAGACAAGCGUGAUCGCCUGGACGACUCCAGGAUCAAUGGGCCACAGCUUCAAUUCCUGCAGUGCGUCAGGGACGGUCCUCGCAUCCCACCUGCGCUCCGAUCGGCGCUCAAGGACCUCGAGUGGGCGUCCAAGUCUUCCUUCGAGCACCUUGGAGCCUACACCAGCUUGCAGAGUGUGCUGCCCAACGCAGUGACUUCGCUCGUCCUACCAGCCAUCAACACCUGGUCGGAACGUGGUCGUCAGCGACGUAUCCGCCGAGCCAGGGAGCGAGUUGUCCAUGCGAUGCCCGCGUCACUUCAAACGCAAUUCAUCACAACGACCGCUAUAGACAUCAUUGAAGGCGGUGUCAAGUUCAACGCUCUGCCCGAGAGCGCCACCGCAUACGUCGACCAUCGAAUCGCCAUCACGAGCAACUUUGCCGAGCUCAAGCAGCACUACAUUGACGUGCUCUCCUCGCUAGCCGAGAAGUACAACAUGGAGAUGGAGGCCUUUGGCAAGGUCGUCGUCAACGCUAGCUCCCCCGUUGGCGCUUCGAAACUGACCAUCAAGGAAGCGCGAGGUGCGCUGGAACCAGCACCAUGGACACCGCUCGAAGGCGACAAGGCCAAGCCGUGGAAGCUGUUCUCGCAGCUCGUGAGAUCUGUAUGGGUCAACGACGACGGGGAGCCUGUCACAGUGGCACCUUCCAUCAUGCAGGGCAACACAGACACUCGCUAUACUCAUGCUCUGACCCACAACAUCAUCCGAUUCGGACCCUCCACGUUGAAGCCAGACAAGACCGGAUUGGGCGCUCUGACGGGUGUGCACACGGUUAACGAGCAUUAUCCCAUCCAGGGCCUCGUCGACAGUACCAACUUUUACACAGCUCUCUUCCAGGCUGUCAGUGUCGAAGAUAUCUGA